AUGUAAAGUUUGUAAUUUAUACAAACUAGAAAUUCAUAAAAAGGAAAAAAGUAUAAGUAAAUCACAAGAAGAAGUUAAAAAUUUACUUUCUAGAAUAAAAAAAUGUACUAAUUACCUUGUUAAACUAGAAGAGUCAGAACUAUCAGCUAAAAGUGAUAAGGGUGAUAAAUUGGAUAACUUAUCAGCACAACCAUUACCACCAUUACCAUCAGUACCGUUAGCAAAAAAUAGGCCAUUACCACCAUCACCAUCACCAUCACCAUCACCAUCACCAUCACCAUCACCAUCACCAUCACCAUCACCAUCACCAUCACCACCACCACCACCACUACCACCAAAAAGUAGGCUACCACUACCACCAAAAAAUAGGCUACCACUACCACCAAAAAAUAGGCUACCACUACCACCAAAAAUAGGCCACCACUACCACCAAAAAAUAGGCUACCACUACCACCAAAAAAUAGGCUACCACUACCAGCACCAUCAUUACAAAAGAAACCAGUACCAACACCAAGGAAGAUUCCUCCUCAAGAUACUCAUAAGAAGCAUGGUAAGGACUCUGAAAAACAAACUAAUGCUUUAG